CUUGUUUCUUUCAGAAUGCAGAACUCCUACCUACAUGUACUUAGGUGCUACCCCAAGUACCCAUCUACCUCAUCUACCUACCCGUCGUCGCCUACAGCCUACAUACAUGCCACCGUCACCACAUACAUAUCCGACUUAUCCUGUACUGCGCCGUCGAACAUGCGUACCACAUAGGACCCUAGAUGAUAUACAUAUUCUCGAUCCCUUGCUACUUUUUCCGAUCAUAUUAAAAACCGUCGGUUUUUUUUAUUUUAGUUGGCCAGUUUUCAUUAGAUUUCUACGGGGCGGUAUGUACGCCAUGCUCUCAGGCUCCAUGGAUCUUCCCUGUACGCAUGGUAUACGCUUAACCAUAGCCACGUCUUUAUGGUUCUGGGCCGUUUGGGUAGCCGGGUCUGAACCACAUUGGUUUAGCUACCUAUGUAGGUAGUGCGGACAGCAACCCGUCUGCCCGCCUAUAAUUCCUCCCUCGUCUCUCUACAUACUACAUAAACGCGACAAGCAUCACUUUUGGACAAUUUCGAAUUCCCGGCGACCUCUCAAUUAGCACCAUAGUAUCUCGAAUGGGUGAUUUAA